CUCGCUCGGUAGAAAUUUGUUCGUUUUCGUGGGAGAUUUGAAUGAUUAGACCAAGUUUGAGGCUGAGUGAGGGUGACUAACUGCGACUGUGAGCUGGUGUGAUAUCCCACUCCCCAUCAAUCAUCAACGCGGCUGUACUUGAAGCCAAUAUGAUGCUAUGUUCCCCUAGCAAAACUUGUGUAAAAAGUGUAGUCUGCUUAAGAAGAAAUAUAGUCUCCUAUGGCUAUGGGCAUUCAAAGUUUAGGUAUGCAACCAUUUUAUCAUCCAAGUCCAACUCCAGUAUACCUACCAUCUGCUUUCGAAGUUCCUGGAAGGAUUGUCUUGCUAUUUCAACUGGGACCCACAACAUGGAUAUGAUGAAGUUCUUCAUCCCUAGUCAAGCAAAGCGUCAAAGUAACAUGGGACUCAUAACGUGGCAAAAGUGUUUUGCAUCUUUCUUCCUUUUUGUUUGCUGUUCAAAUUCUGACCCCGUUUAUGCCAAAGGCUUCGAGUGUAAAGAUGAUGAGUCUGACUCUUUACGUGGAGGAAAGGAGGUUUAUACUGACUAUUCUGUCAUUGGUAUACCUGGAGAUGGGAGAUGCAUGUUUCGUUCUGUUGCUCAUGGAGCUUGUUUAAGAUCAGGAAAGGUUGCCCCUGAUGAAAAACUUCAAAGGCAAUUAGCGGAUGAAUUGAGAGAAAAAGUGGCAGAUGAAUUUAUCAGGAGACGUGAACAGACGGAAUGGUUCAUUGAAGGUGAUUUUGACAAAUAUGUUGCACAGAUGAGGAAGUCUCAUGUAUGGGGAGGUGAACCUGAAUUGUUAAUGGCUUCUCACGUUCUCCGGAUGCCUAUCACAGUGUACAUGUAUGACCAAAAGCAUCGUGGCCUAAUAUCAAUUGCAGAAUACGGGCAAGAGUAUGGCAAAGAUAAUCCUAUUAGGGUCUUGUAUCAUGGCUAUGGACACUAUGAUGCAGUGCAGAUUCCUGGAAAGAAAGACACAAGAUCAAGACUAUAAGACAUUAUAACAUCACCUUAGUUUUUAUUGAAAAUUUUACACAAGGUGGAUAUGACUAAGGUUUGGAGAGAUAGAUAUUGAGCAGGAAGGGCAAAAACACUAGGAGGCUGGCUAUGCCUGCCUAGAAUCGUAGGAUGUUGGUUGCCAUAAGGACGAGGAGGUGGCAACCGGUACGGUUGGAGGGUGAAAAGACCGGAGCGCUCACAGGUUGCUAGGUGGUGGCUUCCAAGUGGGUGUUCUGAGUUUGAACACUCUUGUGGAAUAAGGAUCAGAAGCUGGGCUUUCCUUGCCUGAUCGUUAUAUUUAAAUCUAAUUUAGUUUUGGUUCAGUUCUUUUUUUGUGUGAGUUGGAGCCUGUUUUCAUUUGUUGUCACUUCCUGUUUAUGUGGUACUUUGUUUCUGAUUCGAUUUCGGGAAGGCGUUUUGUGAUGAUUGGUAGAAGUAUGAUAUCUUUUAAAGUAAAUAAAUCUUGAAGCACUUGAAGUGGUUUGUCAUUUUGAUUUCUGGAUUGGAUUUCGGAUGGCCAUUUCUGUCUAGUUUGUAAUCUGUAGGCAGAGAUUGUUUGAGUUGGGGGAGACAGUUAUAAUCUAUUCUGGUUUUGUCAUAUUAAUAUAGGUGAUUCCUAUGCCAAAAGAUUUACUAAUGUGAUUCCUAUGCUCAGUUGGAUCAAAUAUGG